UUAAGCGUGCCCAAAAUUGACGUCUGUUUGAAUUAUGAAAGACAGAUAAGGGAGUACGGAAAGAAAAUAAGUGGACUUGGGACAAAAAAAGAGAAUCUCGGCGCGUUUGGAGGGAGUUUUUGAUUUAUUUUUUCUUCCCCUUCUUCUUACAUCCAAAAAAAUAAAAACCCUAGAAAAAUUCAUUCACCAAACUCACCAUCAGUCCAUAACUCCAUUUAAUUUGUAAAAAAAUACAGAUCUCAAACACUUUUUUUUUUCUUCUUUCUCUUUCUUCUCUACACCUUAUAGAUUGGAUUAGAUUUUUUGAAGAAUCCAAAAUCUUCAAUUUCAUUUCACUUUGAAGCUCACUCACUUCUCCAGAAAGAAGAUCCAAAAGUUGUAUAUUGCAUCGUCAGACAUAUUUGAAGUUUGAGGUUAAUACAAUUUCGGAAGUCGUUAGAUAGUCCACAAUGUGUAACCAUGUUGUAAAGAAGUGAAUAUACAUUUGGAUGAAAUGUUGAGCUCAAGGUAGAAAAGCUGUAAAUUAUCUUCAUUACAUUUGCAUGGAAUGCUGGGUCAGUGUUGGUAAUUGCAAGAGAGAAUGUCAGUCGCCCAUGUUGAUCCAAGAGAACUUCACUGGAAGAAGGAACUUACUGGUCUUCGAAAAGCUGCACAACAUUUACGUGAUCCAGAAACCACUUCUUCAUUGAGGUCACCGUUGAAUUCUAGACCAGUUACUGCUUCACCUAGUUGUAAUUAUGGACUACAUGGAACCAGAUCAAACCGUAUGGGAGCACAUCAUGCUCUGGGGUUCACGGAUCCAGAGACAUGUUUGCCUACUAGAAGCGAAACAAAUGAAAAAAAAGUAUUCCUCUACAAUUGGGGGACUCAAUCGGGCAAAUCAAGUGAUUUAGGUGUAAAAUUAGAUGUGGAAAAAUACGAAGUAGGGUCAGUAGAGGAUAGCAUCAAAGAUAGCGUGGGAAUUGCUCAAAAAGAAGAUUAUAGGAGUGACUUGUAUACUGCUGAGCCAAUGAUGGCCUUCAAGGCCAGAGAGGCAAGCGUUGAGAAACCUGUGAGGAGAACAGGUAAGAAGUUAAAGAAGGGCUCUGUUAUCUCAAAGUGUGGCACUCUUAGAAACCCAACGGCUUCAAACUUGCUAGAUCUUCCAUCAAUCUCGUUGGGAGCAGUUACAUCAGUUCAACAAUCUAACAAUGUGGAUUACUGCAAUUCCGAGGAUUCACGGUCACGGGAUGUAACACCAAAAACUGGGUACACUUCGAGAUCAACAUCAUCAAUGCCCACUAGGGGGGAGAACUGGUCCAGAACUUCCAAACUCUUGAAAAGCAUCUGGAGAGAUGAUUCUUCUUAUCCUUACACCCCAGCAUCAACCAAUUCGUACAAGUAUAGAAAUCAGAAUCCCAGUAAUGUUGGGUCUUGGGAUGGAAAUACAACUUCAGCGGAUGGAGAUGAAAUAGAUCACUUGAAUUUGUCAAGCCGGCGAGGAUGUGGAAUUUCAUGCUACCGGUCGAAAAGGAAGACAAAACAUGGAAGAUACGGUAGCUGUUACUCCCCCUCAUUUUCUGAUACUCUGAGAAGAAAAGGAAGUAGCAUUCUGUGUGGAACCAGAACGUUGCAGAAGAAACGUCGAUCAUCAGUGUCUAACAAACGAAGACUUGUUAUGCCAUUGUUGACAAACAGCAGUGAUGGAAGAGGAGGUUCAUCUUUGGAUAGUGGGCGAAGUGAUGAUGAUGAGCUUUCGACAAACUUUGGGGAGCUCGAUAUGGAAGGUUUGAGCCGGUUGGAUGGGAGAAGAUGGUCCAGCUGUCGAAGCCAGGAAGGGCUAGAAAUAGUACCCCUCUCGACAGGAGCUCAAGAAGGUACAUCAGACCGUGUUAGGAGCUUGAGCCAAAAAUAUAGACCAAGGUUCUUUGAUGAAAUAAUUGGGCAGAACAUUGUGGUUCAUUCACUGACUAAUGCCAUUUCAAGGGGAAGAAUUGCUCCUGUUUAUCUCUUCCAAGGUCCUCGGGGUACGGGAAAAACAUCAGUGGCAAGGAUAUUCGCUGCUGCUUUAAGUUGUGACUCUACAGAAGAAAACAAGCCAUGUGGUUUCUGUAAGGAAUGCAUUGAUUUCAUAUCCGGUAAGACCAUGGACUUGAGAGAAGUUGAUGCCGCAAAUGAUAAAGGAAUAGAUAGAGUUAGGUACUUGCUAAAGAGCCUGUCUACGGCACCCACAUCUUCUUUUUCCCGCUACCAUGUAUUUAUCAUCAAUGACUGCCACAUGCUACCCUCAAAAACAUGGUCGUCUUUUAUGAAGUUUCUUGAAGAGCCACUACCACGAGUUGUAAUAAUAUUCAUAACAACUGAUAUCGACAAUCUGCCCCAUACUGUAUCAUCUCGGUGCCAGAAAUAUCUUUUCAACAAAAUCAAAGAUUCAGAUAUUAUUACCAGAUUGAAGAAGGUUGCUGCUGAUGAAAACUUAGAAAUUGAAUCGGAUGCUCUUGAUUUGAUCGGUAUGAGUGCAGAGGGUUCACUUCGAGAUGGAGAAACAAUGUUGGAUCAAUUAAGUUUACUGGGGAAGAGGAUAACUGCAUCCCUAGUAAAUGAACUGGUAGGGGUUGUUUCAGAUGAAAAAUUACUUGAUCUUUUGGAGUUAGCCAUGUCAUCUGACACUGCAGAAACAGUGAAGAGAACCAGGGAAUUGAUGGAUUCAGGGGUUGAUCCAAUGGCAUUGACAUCUCAACUAGCAGGUCUUAUUAUGGAUAUUAUUGCCGGAACUUACCAUCUGGUUAAUUCAAAAUGCAGCAGUUCAUUUUUUGCUGGAAGAAGUUUAACUGAUGCAGAGUUGGAAAGACUAAAACAAGCUCUGAAGCUUCUUUCUGAAGCCGAGAGGCAGCUAAGGGUUUCAAGUGAACGGUCAACAUGGUUUACUGCAGCUCUACUGCAACUAGGUUCUGUUACAUCUUCCAAUCCGACUAAUUCUGGUAGCAGUAGGAAACAGAGCUCGAGGGCAACAGAUGAUGAGCCAUCUGGAUCUUCAAGAGAAGUAUCUGCUCACAAGAAAAGAUCUGAUGCUCUACAAAGGCGGCGGAAGUCAACUUCAACAGCCUCAUCUCGUGGCCCACUAGAUGGAAAUUUUGAUUCCCAUGGCGAACCACUGUUGAUGGUUGAUACUGUUCAUUCCGCUACCAAAUCUCAAUCGGUGGAGGAAGGUGCAUCAAAUGCCACUCUAGCUGAAAAUAGGGUCUGCCGGUACAUACGCCCAGAAAAGUUGGACGAGAUUUGGGAGAUGUGCAUCGACAGAUGUCACUCAAAUACACUAAGGCAGUUGCUACGUUCACAUGCAAGGCUUGUCUCAAUUGCUGAAGUUGAAGGUGCUCUGGUUGCCUUCAUAGGAUUCAAGGAUGGGGAUAUCAAAUCCAGAGCUGAAAGAUUUCAACGUAGUAUCACAAAUUCAAUUGAAAUUGUUAUGAAGCACAAUGUAGAGGUUAGAAUGGGACUGAUGGUACAGCGAGAGGCUUCUAUUGACAGGGCUGAAUCUCCUGCAAGUUCAUCUCAGAGGGAGAUGGCAGCAUCUGAUACAGAGAGGGAACUACGACGUGAUUCCAAUAAUUCACCAAGUGGUCGUUCAGAGUCGGAGCGAAAUUAUGAACAGGUCAGAGCACCCAAGGAAAGAUAUUACUCUGAAGGUUUGACAGAAUCUGUAUCCGGGAUGUGUGGCGCAGGAGAAAAAAAUGAGGAAAUUCCUCUGCAAAGAAUACAAGCCAUUAUCGACGAGCAACGGUUAGAAAGCGCGUGGUUACAAACUGCAGAGAAGGGAACUCCAGGAUCUUUGAGCAGGUUAAAAGCUGAAAGGAACCAAAUUAUGCCCCAGGAUGGAGUUUAUCGUCCAAAUCAGAUGGCUUCUAUAAUUUCGAUGGAGCUGUCUUCUCAGAAAUGGGAGAAUGAGCUUACUCAUGAACUUAAAUCAUUGAAUGUUAAUGGUGGGAGGGGCCACCAUGACCAGAGUGGUAAAAGGGUCGAGAAUUAUUCCAUGUCUCCAAGCUUGCUGCAUAACAAAAGCAUAGCAGGCAAUGAAAAUCAGGGAUAUGAAUCAGGGACAGCUCCUACUUGUAAUGGACUUCUUUGUUGGAAAAAGACUAAACCUUACAACAAAGGGAAGGUUAAACAAGGAACCCCUGUUCGAUCACACAAAAGUAAGCAAUUUUUGUUGUUUGGGAAUUGCAUGAAGCCUAAGAAGACUGAACGAAGUAGAUUUAGUAAAUGAAAAGCAUGAAUUCUGCUUCGAAUAUGCUCUGCUUGUUCCCCAUGUAUUAAAAUUCUCCGGCUGUAUCUUUCAUAAUUUAAGCAUAUGUAGUUGAAACAACAGAAAACGUAUCUCUGACCAUCUUAUUUACAGUAUUAAAUUAUUUAUUCUUUCUUUA